GCAGGACCUCAUUCCUCCCCUCCUUUUCCUCCAGCUCUGCCCCGGCUCGCUACUAAAUCCAGCUCCGCUCGGCAUCGCAGCGGAAACGCGCUGCCAGCGCGGCUGCUGGGGCUGCCUUGCCCUCCCUGAGGAGACCAGUGCUGCGGCGGAGGCCGCCGAGCCACCCCCGGGCAGGCUGCCGCCGCGGCUGCCGUGCCCCCAGCGAGGCGGCCGCCGCCGCGGUACGGGGGAGCUUGUGGCGCUGCGACAGGGGAGGACGGGGCUCGGCGCGCGCGGCGCCGCACUGAGCAUGCGCCGCCCGAGCCGCUGACUGGAUCCACCGCCAAGGUACCCAGGCGGAAAAAAAAAACGGGAAAAAAUACAGAAAAACGGAAUGGAAGAGCGGGAAAUGAACGACGGCGCAGGAGAGUAAAACAGGGUUUUAAAACAGACCACCAGGGAAAAGCAGCCCUGCGCUGGCGGGAAGGAGCGGCUGUGGCAUGUGGGGACCUCCCGCACCAACAGAUAUUUUGAUGGCAUGACAAAUCAGAAAGAAGAGGAUGUACUGUGUGACUAGACACAAGAUCAGUUCUGUUUGUGGAUUACAUUUUCAGUAAGAUGUAUGGAUCUAUUUUUUCCUUGUUCUUAUAUAUAGAUCAUGAGACUUGACUGAGGCAAUAUACAUAUCAUCCAUCCAUCUAUGGCGAACUACAGCCAUGCAGCUGACAACAUUUUACAAAAUCUCUCUCCUUUAACAGCUUUUCUGAAACUGACUUCACUGGGUUUCAUAAUAGGAGUCAGUGUGGUGGGUAACCUUCUGAUCUCCAUUUUGCUAGUCAAAGAUAAGACCUUGCAUAGAGCUCCUUACUACUUCCUGUUGGAUCUUUGCUGCUCAGAUAUCCUCAGAUCUGCAAUUUGUUUCCCAUUUGUUUUCACCUCUGUAAAAAAUGGCUCUACUUGGACGUAUGGGACUCUUACUUGCAAAGUGAUUGCCUUUUUGGGGGUUUUGUCCUGCUUCCACACUGCUUUCAUGUUAUUCUGCAUAAGCGUCACCAGAUACUUAGCUAUUGCCCACCACCGUUUUUAUACGAAAAGACUGACCUUCUGGACUUGUUUGGCAGUUAUCUGUAUGGUGUGGACCCUCUCUGUAGCCAUGGCUUUCCCCCCAGUUUUAGAUGUGGGCACCUACUCGUUCAUUAGGGAGGAAGACCAAUGCACUUUCCAGCAUCGUUCCUUCAGGGCUAAUGAUUCCUUGGGAUUUAUGCUUCUUCUUGCCCUUAUCCUCCUAGCCACACAGCUUGUCUACCUCAAGCUGAUAUUUUUCGUUCACGAUCGCAGGAAAAUGAAGCCAGUCCAGUUCGUUGCAGCAGUGAGUCAGAACUGGACUUUUCAUGGUCCUGGAGCCAGUGGUCAAGCAGCUGCUAAUUGGCUGGCUGGAUUUGGAAGGGGUCCCACACCUCCGACCUUGUUGGGAAUCAGGCAAAAUGCGAACACCACAGGCAGGAGAAGGCUACUGGUUUUAGAUGAGUUCAAAAUGGAGAAGAGAAUCAGCAGAAUGUUCUACAUUAUGACAUUCCUCUUUCUGACCUUGUGGGGUCCCUAUUUGGUAGCCUGUUACUGGAGAGUUUUUGCGAGAGGGCCUGUAGUACCCGGGGGAUUUCUAACGGCCGCUGUGUGGAUGAGUUUUGCCCAAGCUGGAAUCAAUCCUUUUGUCUGCAUUUUCUCCAACAGGGAGCUGAGGCGCUGUUUCAGCACAACCCUGCUUUACUGCAGAAAAUCCAGGUUACCAAGGGAACCUUACUGUGUUAUAUGAGGGAGCAUCUGUAAAUCUUUAGCCUUGUGAAACACUACCAUUCUCUGCUAAGCAAUUGUGGCCUGUAGCCAUGUCUUGAGAAGAAAAUCAAGAAUGGGAUGUCAGCAGUUGUAAGGAUUUGGGCAACAUUCUGCAGUCUUUGCAAUAGCUCACCUCUAAUCCUGUUUUAAACCUAAACAUGUUCCUGCUGACCACUGCUGAAGGUUUGUAAUUAAGAACAAAGGACUGAACUACUGCCCUGAAUUCCUUUAUGUGGUUGAAAUCUAGAUUAUGAAAGUAGCAGGUGCUAAGUAUCAGUGCUAAAUGCUGUGUAUAUCACUACAUAAAAUAAGACCAUCAAAAAGAUUAGCAUUGGACAUCUUAAUAAAUUAAGUUGAUAUGAGGUUAAUGUGUUGAUAAAACUAAUUUUAGACAUCUGAAGACCUUUAAAACAUUUCAUACAAUUAUUGUUUUGCAAAGACUGAAAACUGGGGACUCAAGUACUGUAACUGAUUAAAGAUGUGCCAUGCAUUAUUGGAUUAUCACACUUACAAAUCUGUUUGCCUUGUGAGUAAGUUUUGGGGAGCAUUCCAAAGCAGUACUUUUGUUCAGAUUUAGACUUUACGUUUUUUUCCAAAUAUAUUACUCUUUCUAAAUACCAUUUUCCUUAACAGUGAAAUUACUAACAUUUAACUGUAUUCUGUGGGUUUUGCUGAUUUGGUAUAAAGUUUAAUAGACUCUUAUUUAUAUUUUUUAAAAAGCUAGAUAUCAGUCUGUUAGGCAACGAUAAUGAUAAUAUCCAGUCAUAAUUGAACAAUUAUAAUUAUACAGAAUAAACACAUGUUGCCUUAAAGGGUUAUCUAGUAUCUUCCAUUUUGUUUAGCAUUGAAGCAAAUAAGCAAGGAAAAUUGAAUCAGUAACUCUGGUCAGUCAUCUGGGAGUGCAUGAAAGAUCACUUAGUCCUCUUCUUUUUUUCCUUUUUACUCCAAUGGUUCCCAAAAUCAGUAUGCACAUCACUGGGAUGAUAUGAUUUUUUUCUAGGUGUGCCGCCCUUUCUAGUUUGUUCUGAGAAACACAGGCAGUUGAUGUAUGUUUAUAUUUUAAGACAGCUGUCAUGGGGAGACCGCAGCCUUAGUAUGAUAUCUUGCACAAUUUGUGAAGCAUUUAUUCUACUGAAGGCACAGUCUUGUUUAUAUUUUCUGCACAUUUUGGUGUAUUGGUUGUUUUAAAUUAUUUAAGUUUUAACUUGUGAAAGCAUAUAAUAUGAUUUCUUAGUAUUUUAGAAAUACAUUAGAGUCUGUGAGUCUUUCCUUCUUUAAGAUACAGAUGUGUGGAUUUCAAUAUAAAGUUGCAUUUGCCAAAAUUUACCUGUGUAGCUUGUUAAUUUUCUUGGAAUAAAAUUUUACAUUUUUCCAGUUAUACAAUUAACCUUUUUUAUUUUGUCUAGUGAGCUAGCAUGAAAUACUGAGAAUGUAGCCAUUAUAAAUUAUUAUCCUUUGCAGUCACUGUAUUUCCAAACUGUAAAUGCAUGAAUGAUGGGGACCACAGGAUUGAUAAAUGAUAUUAUCUACAGUAGCACUAUUGUGUAGUUUAUCACAAUUACCCAUCUAUCUGUUCUAAUAUGUCAGUUAUAUUUAAAGUUACAACACAGUAUUUGACAUAAACUUCACAGUUUAAUUUUGGAAAAUGUGUAUAUUUGAAGCACAACAUCAUGAGUCAGUUAAUCGUAAAGAGCAUCAAUUUUUCUUAAUUUUUGGAGAGACAAGACUAGAGUUCUUAAUCCAGUAUUAGUGUAUCUUGUCCUUUGUUGUUGUUUUAUGACCAGCAAGUUAAUAUGUACCUACACAAGCAGCAGUCAAUAAUGAAAAUGCUUAAAUUUGUAUGAUAACAUUAUACAACAUAUGCAACAAUUCAGAGAGUUGUGUCUAUAUGUGAUCAGACAACUUGAUCAAAGAUUUAGUGAGCAAUCUAUUUGACCUCACUUACACUUUUAUACUGAGGUUGAUUGGUUGAGAGGCAUGGCUUAAUAUACUGUGUUGAAACAGAAAAAAAAUGCUAAAAUAGUGAGUCCUCAUCAGUACAAGAAUAUUUCAGAACAUAAUUUGAAACGGGGCCAAUAAACUUCUACUAAAAGGACUUUUUUAUUACAUUGAAAAAGGCUUUGAAAUUUAGAUAGCUAAGCAAUUGUCAGAGAUAGCGAGAGUGAAUAAAAAUAAAUUGUAUGUUGAGAAAAAUUCUGAAAGUUAUCCCACUUAAGUUUAUUAAAAGGUUGAUUGGCAAUAACUUCAGUCUAAUUUCUAUAAAAUAGUAACCUUUACAAGGAACACUGAUAUUACAUAUUGUAAUAAAGAAGUACAUAUAAAUAAAGUUGUAAAUAGUGUUGUAGUUGUAGAAGUAGUCGGUUCUGAAGAUUAGCCAGAACAUUUUCAACUAUGAAAUUUCAAAAGCUGCAAAUUCAGGGCCUGACCUAACUCCUAAUAAAGUCAGUUGGUGUUUUCCCAUUAACUUCAUUUGGAGCAGAAGCAGGCCCUAACAUUUCUAUAGUACUAUGCUUCUGAAAUACUAAGAAGGCUGUAUUUACUAUGCAGUGGGAAAAGAAAAAACCUAUUUAAAAUUAUUUCCCUGGAAGUUUUGCAAGCAGUAACUGAUGUAAAUUAAAAUAAUAAACAGUAAACAAGUCUGAAAGCAAAUAUUUUGCUAAAUGGUUUUCUUUUGAUAUGAAUAUAAUUCCUUUGACUAACUGAAAAAUACACAAUUGUAUUACUACCUGACAAAGGAAAGGUACUUUCUCUUUAAGUGAGUUUUUAUAGUUGUUCCAUAAGAAGUCUUGUGACAGAAGUACUUCCUUUUAAUCUCUGCAGUGUUAAAAGAUCAAGGGGAUGUUCAGUGAAAUUAAAAGGCAACAUAUCAAGUAAUAUUUUAUGCAAAAUUAUUACUCAGUGGAACUCACUGGCACAGGAUGUCAAGUAGUUUAAAGACUCCUACAAGGAUUGUAUGUAUACAUGAAUUAAAAUAGUACCUGCUAUUUUUGUCAUGGUUGUCAUUUUGGUCCUAGUCAGCAUAUCAAACAUCAUACAUUAGAGUAUGAAUUCAAAGGAGCAAGGAGGUUCCUUCCAAUUCAGUACACUGUUGUCUGUCACAGUAUGAAAAGCUUUUUGCUUUCAUUGUAAUACAGGACUUAGGCUGUUACCAAAGCUAGGAUACAAGGCUGGUAGGUUACUGUUCUAUUUCAGAAUAGCAAUGAAUACAGCACUAUUUUAUAUUUGCAUUCAUCUGUAAUGCUUAUGCGCAUCGUGCAAAGUUAGCUGUUUUAAUUUUCCUGAGUAAGGUGGCAGAAAACAAAAGUAAGGAUACAUGUCCUCAAGACAAGGCUCUCUGCCUCUGUUGUUUUCCUCCCCGCUGUUGCCCCACUGGUACUUUGACAGUCUGUCUGUGAAACCUUCUUCAGGAUGUAUUUCAUUUCCUGAGUCUCAUAUUUCUCCUGCUCCAGGGCUCUUUAAGAAGUAUUUCACCAUCUCUCCUCCACUAUAGAUAUAAGGAAUCCACUUCCCCCAGCAGUAGCUUCUUGCAGCAGCUUCCCAGGGUUUGUCAGUGUCUGAGUUCCCCUCCUGAAGACAGAGUGAGACUACAGGUUCCUCCCAGCUUCUUUAGUAGUUUUCAGAGCGGUCAUUCCACAACACUUAACUAGCAGGAUGGAAUAUCUCCAUCUUUUGUCUUUGGCCAUGAAAUAGAUGCUACCCAGGUUAUGCAGAGAAAAAUGAGGAUGGGAAGAGGGCAGCAGGAAACCAUUGUCCUUCCCCUAUCCCCAUCAUAAAGAAACCACAAUUAUUGUUGUGUUGCCCAGGAGCAUCUGAUUUUGAAAAGCAUAUUCAGUGCUAAUGACCUUCUAAAUGAACAAAAUGUACAGUUAGCAAAUGAAGGCAACAUCUUUGGUACAGCUGCAAAUUAUUUUUACUAAUGGCAUUCAGUCAAUCUCUAGGCCUUUAGGGCAGAGGAGUCCACUUUCUCUCUCUCCUUUUAAGUGCACUGAGUUUGUUCACUUGCAUUGUCUUUGCUCCGCCUUUCAUGCAUGAGAACACUGUAGUUUUAUUAAUAGGAGCUCAGUACUGCAGCAGGUUGUUAUUACUCAUGGGUUAAAAAAUAAAAGGGAAGUCUGAUAUUUUUGAUGAGGUUAAUUAGAAUACGUAUUUUGAAUAACACAUGUUUUUCAACAAAUGUCAGAUAAAAACUGGGUUGCUGGGCUCUUCCAUGGUUACACAGUCAGUUCUCAGUUAUUGGAAAUGGAGUAGACUAACUUGCAUAAAGCUAUAGCAUAGGUAAUACGAAGCAUAUGCAAACAAGACUCUAAGAACUUCCUGUAUUUACUGGAUUUAUCGAAGAAUUAAGCUGAAGUAAAAAGUGAGAUCAGAAAUUCAAAGAGAAAUGGUGGGUGUUUUUCCUUUUUUCUGCUUUGUUUUAGCAUAGCACAGCUAAUCUGCAACCUGGGUUACACACCCACAGACAACCAAGAGUCGACUGUACAGUUCUGCAUACCACAUAGACAACUUCCUUCCAGUUUAUAUUCAUCGAGAACUGUAUAAGUGCACAUUACAAAUUCGGCUGACUUUUGAGAGAAGGAGAAGGUUGUACCUGUGAUAGUGUUAUUCCAAACUAAAAUUCAAUAUACCUUGUUAGCUGAAGUGACUUAGAGUGUGAAGAAAUCAGUGAUCUAAAUCUGUAAUGGUCAUAAGUGUUCUCUGGUCCUGUCUAUUAACAGGACAACAUGACAUUUUGGAAUGCAUAUGCCAGCAACAAAUCAGAUAGUUUGGUGUUGCACACAAUGACUUUCCUUGAGUGGCCUGAAAAUAGCUCAUGCUUUAUAUUUAGAAAAGAAUAUGAUGAAGCUGUCCAUUUAAAUGGAUAAAGUCUUUAACUAGCCAGCAAGGAGAAAGAAGUGUGAAUUUUAAAAGACUACUCAUUAUAAAUAGUAAUGAGUUCUUGCUGUGUUUUUUGUUUAGCUAAACUGUGUAAUUAUAUAAAUAUAUGAUGAUAAAUGAAUGCCACAGUAAGUAAGUUAGACUUUUUAAUUGUCUAAGGAGGAAAUAAGUAACAACAAUCUUCAGCCGUUUGAAAUAUAAUAAAUGUGGUCAUCUGUAUGAUUCAUAAAAUUUGGGUAACAAUAAUUACUGAGAUUUUCAGUACCUAGUGAUUUUACAUACCUGAUUCAUCUAAAGGACAAUGUCUUUAGAGAGUGAGUUGACUGAAGCUCCCCAGUGAGAGACUUAACUGUUGGAAUCACUGUUCUUGUAUUGUGCUUUGUAUUUAAUGAGCACCUCAGAUAUAAAAACAGAAUUCAUACAAUAUAAUCUUCAACAAACUCUGCAUUAGCUAUACUAAAGCUUCUCCAAAUAUUAGAAAAAUUACUGUCUCCAGAGAGUAUUCAAAAUUAUCCCUGUAUUAAUGGCAGAAAAAAUCUACUUCACCUUUUUUAGAAGAUCCAUCUAGUUAAGGACCUAUAUCUUGUUGGUCCUUUCAUUGGUUGGAUAAGACAAGUUCUACUGUACUGUGGAAAUAAAAAUCCCAAGUAUGAAAUUAUACAUUUGAUUUCAAAUUAUUAUUCUACCUAUCUAUGACAUUGUUAUAGUCACAUUUUACAUAAACCUGCAAAGUUUAUGGUUAAGAAUGGAAUUAAUCAUUUAUGAUACAAAACACCCAUAACAAAACAAAAACAAUCAUAUGCUCCCGGUUCAUUUUUUCUCUUAUUUCUGUGGAAUGUUAAAAGUUUUAAUUUUAGGAACGCAAAGUCAAGCUCUGAAAAACAAGGGUGUUGGAGGGGAGAGAAAAAAUAGUUGAACAAAUACAUUUGUUAAGGUUGUCUCUGCUGUGAUGAAGAUUGUCCAGUAUGUACUGCAUUUUCUACAUGGUAAUAGUCUAUCAACAUGCCUACUUCUCUCCAGUGUAUAUAUGCAAUAUAUAUAAAGUUCUCCUACCUCCAUUAACUAUGUCAUUUCUUGACCUGUUUUAUUUUCACUCUAUAACCAUAGAGCUCAGGCAUGUUAAUAUACUUAUGCAAAUUGAAGAAAUUGCUCAAAAUAGAAAGUCUUGCACUUAAUAAUGUUGGAGGAUGAAGUCCUCGAAAUAGCUUAAGAGGAGGGCACAUAUGAUGACUACUGCAGACAGUUGUGUUGUAGGAUACAACAAAAUUUUCACCCCUGUGUAUGAGCUAGCUAAAAUGCUACUGUUUUGCCACAGUGAAAUCACCUGUGGAACAGGCCAGUCCAAGGCCUAUGACCCAUUUACAUGUUGAGUGUAAGUAGGGCAUAAGUUGUGCCUGUGACCAGUGUUAAUGGGUGAAAUUCACCAGUGAGAAAGAUCAGAGAUGUCCAGAAAACAUUCAUAGGCUACAGACAGGUAAUUCAUGUUUGGGGAGGGUUGUUUUGUUUUGUUUUUUCCUCAAAACAGAAAUGAUAGAAGAAGCAGAGGCCCGGAAAUAAAGAUUUUCGUUUAUGCCCUGUUGCCCCCUCUGAAAUCACUCAGAAAAUUUUCUGGUUUGUUCUUGAUUUUGUUUUUUUUUUGGAAAAUGAGUGCCAUCUCUGCCACUCCACCGCAUCCCACCCAUCACAAGUCGACCAUUUGAUUCACUUGAUUUUAUGCUUAAUCACAUCAGUGUAUUCUUUAAAAUACAGUUAAUAGCAAAAUGUAUUUGCAGCUUUGCACUGGUAAUGGAGAUAUAUAUCAGUGUAUGUGCUUGCUCAUUCCCGUAAGGAUUUCCUGUGUUACAGACAUACAAAUCCUAUUAUUGAAAUUAGGCACUCUACAAUUAUGCUUUUUCCUGAAUUCUCUGUGAAGGCCCUUAAGCUUUGGAAUUUUCUUCUAUUUGAUCCAAACCGCUCAAUGCUGAUUAUUAGGGCACACCACAGGGAACAUUUGAUUUCUCUGACUGCGGCACUGUUUGGACAUCAUGAAGAUUGGAAAUGUAUAUUUAGCUCCUGUGUAAUAAUUUAUGGUAAUGACUGGGCAAUAGAAGUGAUAGUGAUGGGCCUCCUAAAAUAGUGUAUUUGGAUAACUACGACUUGAAAUUACUUUGUAAGACAUGAAGCACAAAGGAGAAGCACUCCUUUUAUAGGAUGAUUGUGUAAAUGGAAGGUAAACACACACAAAAAUAAAUACGGUUCUACAGGAUUUUAAUUAACAGACUGUCAUAGCUGUAGCAAGAUGGACAUAAAGCUAGAAAAUAGUAGAAAAUAGAGUUCCAUUCAAUAUGUAAUUCCAUGUAACUUUGGCUUUAUUCCUGCAAUCUCUACUCAAUGAAAAUUUCCCCUCUCUUUUGUGGAAACUGUCUCAAUAAAGACUAUAAGAUCUUGAUUA